AUGGAAAUCAACAAAAGCAAAAAUAAUGAGUACAAUUUUUCCGACCUCGACGAAGAAUUAAAUGACUAUGAAGGUGUACCAGGAAAAAUUUCUGGCAUCAACUUUGACACGCUUGAUUAUAAGGAAAGCAAAAAAGAAAACCCAACCGAAGUCGAAAAGAAGAGUGGAAGGGUUACAAAGAAAAGACGCGUUUUACCUAAAGUAGAUUCCGAAAAGCUAGUAGGACCAGACGGUUUAACGAAAUUAAAAGAGCAAGGACCAAAGUUAAAGUUCAAGGAUGGUAAAAAAUCAAAAAACGCGACGAUUGAAAAUCUUAGGACCGUUGUUAAUUUUUAUCGAACUUGGGCACAUGCAUUAUGCCCUCAAAUGAAAUUCAAGGAUGUUAUAUUUCAGUCUGAAAAUAUAUGUAAAGAAAAAAGGCUGAAGCAUUAUUUGGAUGUUUGGCGUGAAGAAGCCAAGAAUAAACAAAGUGAAACAGAUGAUUAUUUGUCAGGUAAAACCUUGGCGGAUGAUGAAGAAUCAGAAUUUUGGCAGACACCUUCUCAAUCAGCUUCUAGGAGUAAAAGAAACAAAAUAUUUUCAAGCUUCGAAGAUAAACUAAAAGAAGGUUCGGCAGGCCAAUAUCGCGAAGAAUCAGAUGACGAUGAUCUAACUUUGGUGAAUCAGUUCCAUGAAAAAUUAUUUGAUGCAGCUUUGCUCGAUGAUUACGAUGACGUGACAUUAAAUGUGACUUCCUUGUAA